UUGAGAAAGAAAAAAAAUUUUCUUUUAUUUAUACACAAUUUUAAAUUAGAAUUAAUUAAAAAGAAAAAUUCUUUUAGAUUCCUAGGUUAGGUUUUUACAAAUUUUAAGAUAGGUUAAGUUUUAACUAUACACAUGAUUUUAAAAAUAGGAUAAGUUAGCCUAAGUUUUACUUAUACAGUUUAGGUAGGUUUUAUUUAUGGUUAUUUACGUGUAUGUCCUCUCUUUUUUUAUGUGCGUGUGAUGUUUUUUAGUGUCUAGUGCAUGUGUUAUUUAUUAGAGGAAGCGAAGAAUACGUAGAGCACACGGAGUGAAGAGUACAGCCGGCGCAUGUGACGCGAUGUUCGCUAAGAACGGUUCCACAUGCGUCGGUGGAGAAGAGGGUGGGUUUUUAGCUGGUAGGCGCCCGGUUAACGGGUGAAUCCAGCACACCUGGGACACCUUCCCAGAAGUCUUUUGAAGAUUUUUCCACCCACAACAAAAAAAAGUAAAGUUAGAUUCCACUCCUGAGAGCUGUAAGACCUUGACGUUGGUGGAGUGGCUCAAUAACUUCCUCUCUUCUCGGACCGUCUCGACGGACAGGUAGAGGGGAAUGAAGCUAAGAAACAGCUCAAAAAACAGGAGUAAACGUGGAGAAAAAAUCCGUAAUCCUACGUUGUUAGCCACCAUGGCUAUGGGAUGAAUGGCUGCGCGGGAUGAACGAUGCCUCUGGGAUACCAGGCGACCUCCCAGAGUACCUUGCCUUAGCGAGGUAAGGGCGCACUGCCUCGCCGGACAGUUAUUUCGGCCCCACUCGUGGGAUUAUUUAUGGAUAAUACAAAAACAAAAAAACGCAGAAGAGGAAGAAAUCUUUCGUCGGAGACGGAGUCAUCUCUGUCUCAUGACAGAAGGAGAAAAGUUCUGAAUGAUGAGGAUUACACGUCGUCUUCUGGUGAAGACGACAAAAAAGCUACUAAUGAGGAUGUGAAAACUGUCGAGGAUGACCUCGCCCGGGAGCUCUUCGAACAGGAGCUGAUUCUAAAACACAAGAAAAUGAAACAAGUUUUUUUCGAUGGUGAAACGUCGACCAUGAUAGAGGAAUAUUUAAUUGAAGAGGUGCAGGAGUCAAGCGAAGAGUUUGACUUCAGAAAGUCCGACCUAUUCUCGAUCCUACCCGGGAUCGAGAAAAAGGUCACCAAACCUUACUGGUGCCAAAGCACCAGGGCUGAAGAAAAAAAAAUUCAAAGAAAAUCCUGGAGGGAAGAAAACUCCAGAAAUGAUGAGACGGCCCCAGAGGCCAUUAUAGGAAAGCUCAGCGAGGUCGAAGAGAUAAUCGCGAGUCUAAAUAUUAAUAACGAAGAAAUCAAAAGGAGGAUGGGGGAAAUGGGAACACUAGCAAAAAAAUCAAGACUACGGAUUAUAAAAAAAACACAUCCGAGAUUAAUUUAAGCGGCAUAAAAUGCCAAGAAUGCCAGAAAGAAGCUGAAAAGCUUAAAAAAGCGGAGAUUGCCAAAGCAAUUAAGGCAGCGCUUGAAAAGGGAGGUUCCUUCAAGGAAUUUGAAGGAAUUAAAGAUAAAUUCUGGAAGGACCAGGUGUUCUCCAAAACUAAGAUUCUCUCUAUGAGGAGCCAGGAGGCACUGGAUAGAAAGGACUGUAUGGUCCUAAUAUAUCCAAACAGCGAUAAAGAGUCGGAAAACAUGACUCUCGAAAUCAGGGAGAUGGCGAAAUCCCUAAACCCCGGGGACUUCGAGGUUAUUGAGAAUUCGGUAACCUCCCUAAAAACCAAAAAAAGCCUGGAGGCACUAUGUCGCCAGACUUAAAGGGGAGCCAGGAAAAGACUUUGAAACGAUCAACGCCAUGGUCGGGGAGAACCUGGGCGAGGACACGAAUGUCCUCAUUCUCGGUGGGGAGGUAGCUCCCACGAGAAAAAUAAUAGAAUUUACCGGCAAAAGCGGUGGUAAUUACAAUAUGAUGGUACACCCGAGGGCCGCCAGAGGUAGGAGGUCGGAAAAGGGUGAAUCCGUCCUGGUCAGGACAGGAGACAGGCUCUUCGCCGAAGUAUUAAAAACUAUGCAACAGAAAGCUGACGUUGCGAGCCUCAACGUCAACAUUAAUAAUGUCAAAAAAACAAGCGGCGGAGACAUUUUCAUCCGCCUCAAAGGCAAGGGUCAGGCACAGACCCUAAAAAAUGCCAUAAAGAAUAAAAUGGAGGAGGUCAGUGUAACGACCAGGAAUAGGGGGACGGUUUUUAGCGUCAUUGACCUCGACCCGGCGGUCACCUCAGAGGAGGUGAAGGCUGCGGUCGAGAAGCAGACCGGCCUCGCAGGCCUAGUAGAGAUCAAGUUGAUAAGAAAUACGAAAUUCGGAGGGCAGAUGUGUCUACUCUCCGUUCCGAAUAAUAAAGCCGGCAAGCUCAGAGAGCUUGGAACCAUUAAAAUGGGAUGGUCGGCGUGUAGGGCGAGGGAGCGAAUAGUCCCUCUGAGAUGUUAUAAAUGUCUGGAAUACGGACAUAGUCUGACCUCCUGUAAGGGGGAGGACAGAAGCAAACAAUGCCUCAAUUGUGGUGGGCUCAACCAUAGAGCCCAGGAAUGUAAGGCCGUGUCGAAGUGCAUGGCCUGUAAAGUUGAUGGUCAUAGGAUGGACACCAUGAAGUGUCCAGAAUACAGAAAAUUAGUCCUCGAGAAAAAGGAUUAA